CAGGUUAUGUAAACUGUCUCUCCAAUCAGAAUAGUAGGCGGUUGCGCGUUAUUCGAUUCUGUGUGCAGGGUUGUCAAUUAAAAGUAGGGAGGUUUGGCGGAUAAUGCCACACAAACUGCCUUUCCGUAUUGUUUAUGUAUCCAGCCAAGAUGAACAUUUUCCCGCUACAGAGUUAAAUAUUCACCACCCAGCGACCAAAGGAUGGGUGUCGUCUCGAUUCCCUGCCUACCCACAACACCUUAUUCUCGUUCUGGAAGGAAAGGCUAGUCUUCGUAAAAUCCAAGUGCUUUCCCACCAGUACCUCAUAGCUUCAAAGAUAGAAUUUUUUGUUGGGGAUACUUCAGACGAUGACAUAAGUCAUUUCAGAAAUGCUAGAUUUACUAGAUUAGGAUAUGUAGCACUUUCUGACAAUCAAACAACAGAGUUCAAAGCUAGGGAACUAAAGUCUGUUCAUAUUGACGCAACAGGAUCUUUCAUCCAACUGUUUUUGCAUAAAAAUUACCCUAAUAGUUUAAAUUUAUACGACCAGGUUGGAAUUGUCGCUAUCAAUGUGAUUGGUGAUUUUGUGAAUAGAAACUUGCACUCUGACCCUGGAGAUUAUUCCGCGACUAUCUACAAACCGGAUUACAUUCCUCCUACAGAAGACUUGGCAUUUGAUAUGUACCAGGACCCUGAAGUCGCCAAUAUAAUAAGAAGACUAGAAAAGCAGAAACGUGUGGCUGUUAAAGCUGAACUUUUCGAUCAAGCUCAAAAUAUAAGAGAUGCCAUUAUCCAACUGCAACAGGUUGGCGAGCGCCUCGGUGGAUUAGCACUUGAAAAGCAACAAGCCGUUGAGGAAGAAAAUUACGAGCAGGCGAAACUAAAGAAGAAUGAAAUGACUGAAAUACGUGCAAACUUGUAUCGGGAUAUUGAUUUAAUGAAAUUAUUGUCUGCAGAAGACCAGGAACAAAUUUACAGUCGAUUUGAAGGCUCAUCGGCUGAUGAGAGCAACGAACGAAACAAAAUGAAACGAAUACCACCAGUACGCUUUCAAAGUAUAUUGACAGCAGGUGAUGCAAAUGAAAACUGGCCAAAUGAUGAAUCAUUUGACAGUAAUAACAAUAAUCAAUCUUCUGACUACUUUCCAUUUCGUCGUGCAUAUCCCGCGAUUGACCCCGAUGAACGUCCUUUGCCAGCACUUAAAAACAGAUUUAAAGAUAUUGGUAGACCUUUACGUGGAGUUGAAGUCGAACCAUACACAUCAGAUUUUUCGGUUCCAGUACGUAAUGAAGAAACUUAUGAUGAUUCACAACAUUCUGAGCAUAUACCAGUUGAUUUAAAUGGGCCUAUUCCUGGAGAUAUAGAUUCGUAUGAAGAUGAACAAACUAUGAAAUACUUGCAACAAGCGGCUCACGGACGUGUGCUGGAAAAUGAAGAAAAUUAUCCUUCCGGUAUUAUUGAUCUUCCUGAACCAAUGAGUGAAACCAACCGACGUCAGGCUGUUGUAGCCAUUGAUGUUGUUGGAAUUAAUCUUGUUACGAAGGCCUAUAGUAAAUCCUGGGUUUUUCGUGAAAAAGCUCUCCUUGAAUUAGAACAACGUGUUACCGCACCAAAGCUUCUUCCUCCAGCAUCACUGCCAGAUCUGGCGAACCCUGAUCCGAAAGCAGAAAUCCGAUCCACUACAUUUCUUUUACGGCGGGCAUUAAGCGACCAGGUCUUGUCGAUAUUUCGUUUGGCCACUAAGUUUAUCAAAUCAACUAUUGUCGAUUUUGCUGAUAGAUAUUCUAUUCCACGACCAGAUUUAUAUUAUUGUAUGGAUAAAUUAACCCCAGUGAUUUUCCAACGUACUGGUGAUCCUUCAUCACGUAUUAGAGAUAUAGCUAAAAGGAAAAUUUUGGAGAUUGCCCAGUGGCCACAGAUGAAACAGAAUACAACAUUUUGGAACGAAUUAGUUCGGCCAUUCUCUCCUGUAACAUUAGAUCGAUUAGUUUUGAGUCGAAUUGAACUUGCAACAGAAUUAUAUGCUAUUCGAGGUGUAGAUCCUGUUUUCAAUGAACACGGACAUGCAAAUCAAGGAAGUUUCACAUUAGAGGCACUGACCAUAUUCACGGCUAAAUGCUUAGACCAUCGGUCAAAUGAGGUACGUGAGGCAGCCGAAAAUCUUAUUGUCGCUCUCUAUCGUUCAGAAGAUCGAGCUACUGUCCGUCGAGUAAUACCCUUAGAUGAUGCCAAUUCUCAAAGACAUCCCUUAUACAGAAGGCUACUUGGGAAAUUUGACAGAAUCGAUGGAAGAUUAGCUGCACAUUCAAGUGGUCAACUACCAGGAAUUACAGCUUCAGCUAAGCAAAGAGAAGUUGAGGCUCUUCAGGCGGACGUCCAACAACUCCGCGCUAUGGUUGAACACGGAAAUCGUAAUAAUCAUGCCGUGAAUCAACGAAAUUUACAAGAACCACGUAACGUACAACCUUCAAUGCCUGAUAGGAAAUCUGCUACAAAAUUUAAAAGUAAUGACCGUAAGCCUACGCACAAUUCACAGUUUGUCCCCUCUUCUGUAUCUCCAAAUCGUCAAAAUCAUACUUCCAACAAUCAAGAUGGACCAGUAUUUCAAAAAAAUGAAAAAUCAUCUCAAAAUCCUACAGUUCCCAGUGUUCAUACUCAAUCAAAUCAACAUACUGAAGAGGCAGAGUUUCUGCUUAGUUUAGAUAAAACUUGUAUAUUUUGUGGAGAACAUAACGAAUCUUUUACAGAAGAGGGUUUAGAUUUACAUUAUUGGAAAACUUGUCCAAUGCUUCAUCGUUGCUCUAAUUGUAAACAGGUAGUUGAAAUAGCUGGUUUAACCGAUCAUUUACUCAAAGAGUGUGAGGCUUGUCUUCCUGGACAAUAUGUACGUUGCCGGCGGUGCACAGAAGCUGUGUUAAAAACUCAUUUAAACUCCCACAACUGUUCACCUACAAAGCUGUCAUCUGGAUUACGUUGUCCCCUUUGUCAUCAUGAUCUUCCAUCUCUGCCAGAUUCAGUUGCUCCCGGUGGACCUGAAGAUGUUUGGAAAGCUCACUUAUUAGGCUCUAAUACUAUAAAUAUACCUCGUUGUACAGAGAAUCCAAGAAGUCUACAUCACCAGGAGAAACAUAGUGGUCAUUUUACGAAGGUUAAAACCACUACAGAUAGUAAUAAAAAUAAAAGUGGAAUACCCCGACUGUCGAAUGCUGCUAAAGUUCAUCCAGUUUGACCAAAUUGUCACUACAGUCUUUUCUCAUUAUCUCUCCUUUUUUCCUUCUUCUAACCUUAUUCCAGUUACUUCAGUCAUCUUUUUUACUCAAAUUCUAUCGUGUAAUCCCGCUAAAACCAAUAGCAUGAUACGAUAGGAUAGAAAAGCGUCUGUAAAUGUUUGUGUUUAUUUCUUCCAUUUGUUUUACGUUUGUGUCAAGUUGCUGUCGUCCACCUUCAUGUAUGUAAAUGCGUGUGUGUGUGUGAUAUAAAUGGGAAAACGGGAGUUUUUUUUACCAAUUUUAACCAAAUUCCUGUAAAGUGAUAUGUUGUUCAAGUGUUAUUUAGUAUAUUCCCCCGCCCUUCCUUCUGAGUUUCAAGAAAAUUUGUUUAUCAUGUUUAUGUGAUAACAUCUUCAAGACAAAAUUUUCCACACUCUGUGUGAACUAGUUGUGAAAAGCCAAAUAAAUCGAUUUUAGUGAAUUUUACUUAUUCAUAAAUGUAACGGUAUAUUGUGCAUAUUUCCUGUACUUUCAUAUCUACCUUUUUCUUCUUAUUUUUGAAAUAUACUAACUAAUAUAUGCCACUAUAAUCUGUGUUUGUAAUUAAUUAAGUGGAUCGGUUUCUUUGUUCAUUUAACUUUUAUUAUCAUCAUCAUAAUCAUUAUUUCGUCGUCAUUUACUCUUUGUAAAAAUAAAAG